GUUUUUGAUUAGAAUGAACAGGUGGAAUUCGCGUUAAAAUAAAAACACAUGAUACAUUGAUGAAAGUAUUGUUAUAUGAGUUAAUGUUAGUGACUUGGUUUGAUUUUAUAAAGUUGAUUCAAAGCUGAAUGUUUCAGUAAUAAAUAUUGAUUCUUCGAUUUAGAGCAGGACAGAUCUGUAUGAUUAUCACGACAACGAGACUUCUCGCUAGACACGGCAAUGGUUGUAGAUGCUGAAAAAGAAGUUCCAAAGAAGGUUUCGCACGUAGUCUAUAAAGAAAAUGAAAAAAAUGAAGAAAAGGCAGAACUUAGUUUGUACAAAAAGGAUGAACAUGAACCCAAUGAUCCUUUUUUCAUAAUUCACAUUUUAUGUUUUCUCUUAGGUUUUAUGAAUAUCAUGCCAACUAUGUUUUUCAGUACAGCUCAGUCGUACUGGAUGUAUAAAUUUCGAAACACAACAAUAAGUGGUGAUGUAACAGUUGGAGUUGAUAGAACCACUCUGCAAUCAUAUUAUCAAUCAGUCUCUUUGACAGUCAGUACAAUACCAUCUGUACUGUUUACUACAUUGUUAACGUUUUAUGGCCACAAAAUACCAGCCAUGUUUCGACUAGUCCACUCAACAGCAGCUUUGUUCGGAGUUUUCGUAGUGUUCACAAUAUUUACGCAAAUAGAUUCUGACACAUGGCAAACAGAAUUCUUCGUCAUUACAAUGAUUCUACUAGUUAUCAAAAGUGCUUUUGCAUCAAUACUUGGUAUGUCAUCAAUGGUGAUAGUAGCAAGACUUCAUCACAGAUUCAUGUUUCUUUUUCUUCUUGGACAAAAUGGAAAUUUCAUUAGCACGCUACUUCAAAUUCUUUCCCUAGCAGUAACGGACACGAGCGUAGAAUCUGGACUACUUUACUUUACUGUGGGUACAUUAACCGUACUUUUAACAUAUGUGAUUUUAAUAAUUUGUAGAAAAUCAAAAUUUUUUCAAUAUUACGAUGUCGAGAACGUACAAGAAGGCAAAGGAGAAACUCUGCACUGGUCCGAAACUAAAGAUGUAUUUAUCCUAGUAUGGCCAUCUGUGCUGAUCCUCAUCGCAGUCAUAUUCGUGGCAACGUGUACUUCGCCUAUUGGCACCUUGGUGGUAUCUGAAAAUGAUGGAGACGGUUCGGUGUGGACUACAAAAUAUUGGAUACCUGUUGCAGUCAUGUUGUCAAUGGACUUGACUUCAUUGAGCGGUAGAUUCCUAUCAAAAACAUUAUAUAUUACGCAUGCAAACAAAUGGUUUUACAUAAUUGCUUCAAUCUGUAGAGUAUUUAUUGUACCUUUUUACAUAUAUAGUAAUGCACAACCCAGGACGUUACCUGUGAUAUUCGAUCGUGAUUGGCAGUUUCUCACGUGCCAUAUAUUUAAUGCUGUAACUCAGGGAUUUUUGCUAAAUAUUGCGUUCAUGAGUGUCAGACCGUUAGCAGGAGAAAAACAACAAGGUGCCUUAAAACUGCUUGGUUUUAUAAUGUCUCUCCUGAUGAUAGUUUUUACUGGAAAUGCCAUAGUUAUCGUGAAAAUACUCUAGAUCCAGAACCAUUGAAUGUAUAUGUUAUAAUAUUAAGUUUUAUAAAGCAAAUAAAUUUUAUUUAAGAUUACUAAA